ACCCCCCCGUAACUGACGUCCCAGAGCUCCGUUGCGGAGGAUUUUCCUUCUCCGCCUUUUUCCCCCUGGCGGCAUUUUGGGCGGCGGUGCAACUUCUGGGCGUCCGGCAAGGCUGCUCCUCGGCCCCGCUCCGGGCAGGUGGGGCUGCUCCUGCUCUCUCUCGGCCGGCCAGGAGGAAGCUGGCCAGAAUCUGAAAAAAAAUCAUUAUUUUCCUUGUUUUGCCGUGAAGAGGCUGUGAGGUGGCAGCUCCUUGGUGGGUUUUAUCAAUCUGAAUAGAGCUGGAAGGGACCUUGGAGGUCGUCUAGUCCAACCCCUUGCUCAAGCAGGAGACCCUAUACCAUUCCAGACAGGUGGCUGUCCAGUCUCUUCUUCAAAGCCUCCAGUGAUGGAGAACCCACAACCUCUGAAGGAAAACUGUUCCACAGCAGGUGGCACUGGGAAAAGUGGACCAAGUUCCAGUUGUUAGAUACUUCAAUAGAAGAUCCCCUCAGAGGAACCAGGAGAGACUCUUCAAGUGCUCUGAGGGCGGGAUAUCCUUUGCUCACAAAUCCCUCCUUUUGAUUAACCAGAAGCUGGACAUGGGGAAUGGAUCCCAUCUGUGUUUGGAAACUCGUUUCAUGGUUGUGAAGCUUUGCCAAACAUCUCCAGAGCCACCCCAGACUGAAGCCCUACAAAUGUGGAGAGUGUGGGAACCAUUUUGCUAAAGGCUGGGACCUCAGAGCUCCUUAGCGUAUCCACCAGGGAAAGAGACCUCAGGAAGGCCUCAGUGUUUUUCCAGGCCUCAGAACAGCCCAAGUGAAGAGAAACCCUGCAAUUGUGUGCAGUGUGAGCUUUGCUUUUCUGAAAAGUCAGAGAUGCUUAAACAUCAACAAAUCCACACUGGACAAAAACCUUAUCAACGUCUGGAGUGUGGGAAAUCUUCUGUUCGAAAAAGAAGUGUCAAGAUCCAGAGGAAAAUUCACAUGGAAAUAAAACCUUAUAAAAGCUUCGAGUGUGGAAAAUGUUUCACUGGGAGUUCAUUUCUUUGCAACCAUAAUAAAACACACACAGAGGAGGAAAGCAGAACGUGCCUAGAAUGUGGGAAAUGUUUUUCCAGCAAAUCAUCCCUGCAGCGACAUCAGCGAAUCCACACUGGGGAAAGACCCCAUGAAUGCCCAGAAUGUGAGAAACGAUUUGGGACUUCUUCCACACUUCGGAGACACCAAAAGACGCACACGGGAGAAAAACUCUAUAAAUGUAACGAUUGUGAGAAAUGUUUUUCUCGAAAGGGAAUUCUUUUUCAACAUCAGAUCAUCCACACAGGGGAGAAACCCUAUCAGUGCAUCGAGUGUGGGAAAUUUUUUUGUUUGAUAUCAACCCUCAGAAAUCAUGAGAAAAUUCACAGAGGGGAAAAAAAAUUCAAAUGUUUAGACUGUGGGAGAGCAUUUAUUCAUUCAUCUCUCCUUAGACGUCACUGGCAAAUGCAUAUAGGAGAGAAGCCCCAUAAAUGCUCAGAGUGUGAUAAAUGUUUUUCUAGGAGACAUAGCCUUUUGAUACAUCAGAGGACCCAUAUUGGAGAGAAACCAUAUAAAUGUCCGGAGUGUGGGAAGUCUUUUUCUUGCCAUGAAUAUCUUAAAAAACACCAGACGAUUCACACAGGAAAGAAGCGUAUCAGAUCUGUGCAGAAAAAUGAAAUGUGCUCAGAAUGUGGGAGAUGUUUCUCCCAAAGGUCACACCUAACUCGACAUGAGAGACUUCACACCGGAGACAGGCCCUAUCAAUGCCCAGAAUGUGACAAGCGAUUUGUGGAGUCUUCUGAACUCCGGAGACACCAGAGGGGGCACACAGGGGAGAAGCCCUAUAAAUGUGGGCAGUGUGCGAAAGGUUUUCUCACAGCAACACUGCUUCGGGUUCAUGAGAGAAUCCACACAGGGGAGAAACCGUAUAAAUGUGUAGAGUGUGGGAAAUGCUUUUCCCGAAAACAACACCUCGGAACCCUGCGGCGACAUCAGACAGUCCACACUGGAGAAAAACCUUAUCAAUGUCUGGAGUGUGGGAAAUGUUUUUCCAUCAAACCAGCCCUGCAGCAACACCAGAGAAUCCACACUGGGGAAAGACCCCAUGAAUGCCCUGAAUGUGAGAAACGAUUUGGAAGGUCUUCCACACUUCGGAGUCACCAAAAGAUACACACGAGAGAAAAACUCUAUAAAUGUAACGAUUGUGAGAAAUGUUUUGCUCUAAAGAGAAAUCUUUUUCGACAUCAGAUAAUGCACACAGGGGAGAAACCCUAUCAGUGCAUUGAGUGUGGAAAAUUUUUUCGAACGAUGUCAAGCCUCGGACAUCAUAAGAAAAUUCACAGAGGAGAAAAAAAAUUCAAAUGUUUAGACUGUGGGGAAGCAUUUAUUCAUUCAAAUCAACUUAGACGUCACUGGCAAGUCCAUAUAGGAGAGAAGCCCCAUAAAUGCUCGGAGUGUGAUAAAUGUUUUUAUGAGGAAAAUAGACUUUUGAUACAUCAGAGAACCCACAGUGGAGAGAAACCAUAUAAAUGUCCGGGGUGUGGGAAGUCUUUUUCUUGCCAAGAAUAUCUUAAAAAACACGAGACGAUUCAUACAGAAAAGAAGCCUUACAAGCCUGUGCAGAAAAAUGAAAUGUGCUCAGAAUGUGGGAGAUGUUUCUCCCAAAGGUCAUACCUAAUUCGACACAAGAGACGUCACACCGGAGACAGGCCCUAUCAAUGCCCAGAAUGCGAUAAGCGAUUUGUGGAGUCUGCUGAACUCCGGAGACACCAGAGGGGGCACACAGGAGAGAAGCCCUAUAAAUGUGGGGAGUGUGCGAAAUGUUUUCUCACAGCAACACUGCUUCGGGGUCAUGAGAGAAUCCACACAGGAGAGAAGCCCUAUAAAUGUGGGGAGUGUGCGAAAUGUUUUCUCACAGCAACACGGCUUCGGGUUCAUGAGAGAAUCCAUACAGGAGAGAAGCCCUAUAAAUGUGGGGAGUGUGGGAAAGGUUUUCUCAGAACAACAAUGCUUCGGAUUCAUGGGAGAACCCACACAGGGGAGAAACCGUACAAAUGUGUGGAGUGCGGGAAAUGCUUUUCCCAAAAACAACACCUUGGACGUCAUCAAAAGAUCCAUAAAAGAAUGAAGCCAUAAAGACUCAUAAAGUGUAAACUCAGAUCUAACAGGCCCUGAUGGUGCAACAGUUUUUUAUAGUUGUUCAACCCUUAGAAGUCAUGUAAGAGUUCCUAAAAGGGGGGGGGGAGAUUGGAAACCCUUAGAUCAGUGGUUCUCAACCUGUGGGUCGGGACCCCAUUUGGGGUCGAACGACCAUUUCAUGGGGGUCGCCAAACCACGCUGUCCACCAUUUUU